UGACACACAGGAAUACUUCAUAGUAUUUAUUUGCGAUAUGUAAUUUUUUCCGGUGCAAUGGAGACAGCAAGGACCUGGAUUGAGCCUGUGGUUGCUGGGGCCCAGAUUGCCAGCUCUUUUUAUGACACUGCUCUUCUUAUGGCUGUAAGAAAUCACUAUAACAAGACCAUUGACUACCAACAGGCUUCUAUCAACUCUAGCACUGAUGAUGUGUUGCAAAAAGCCAUCUCAAACUUCUACAUCAUUUACAAUGUUAUUAUGGGAUUGACUCCUUUACUGUCUGCUUAUAUCUUGGCAAAAAUCGGUGACAAAACCAGCAGGAAAGUGACUAUAUGUGUGCCACUGCUAGGUUAUCUUCUAUCAAGGAUGUUUCUUCUGUUCAUCAUUCUUUGGGAAUGGCCUAUAGAAGUCAUGUUUGGCUCUGCUGCUCUAAAUGGUUUAACUGGCUGGUUUACAACAUACUGGGCUGGCGUUAUGGCCUGGGCCUCUAUAUGUUCUUCAGAGAGGAGACGUUCUCUUCGACUCGUUAUUAUUGAGAUGGUGUAUGGCUUGGCUGGAUUUGUGGGAAGUUUAGUUUCUGGACACAUAUUUGUCAAUUUAAAUAUUGCAAACCAUGAAGGGACUAUCCUUGUCUGUUGUAGCACUGGCUGCUAUGCCCUCUGCUUUCUAUAUAGCUUGUUUGUUCUGCGGACACCUGAAGAAGUUAAUUGCUCUGAGACCAGACCAUUGUUGAACGACACUGAUAACACUAUGAUACAGGCGCAUUCAGUGGAUGAAUCUACAAGUGUGUCGCCAUCUAAACUUAUACUUAUUACUAUGUUUUCUAGUGUAAUCCUCUUUAAUAUUUCUUUCACUGCAGCUGAUGAUGUGAUCAAUGUUUUUGUACUGAAAGCACCACUGAGCUGGGGUCCUAUUGAAGUUGGGUAUGGUAAUGCUGCAGCUUACAUGACAUACCUAACUAGCUUCCUAGGAGUUUUUAUAUUAUACCGAUGUAUGGGAGACUUGGCAAUGAUUGUCAUUGGAAUAAUCUCAUUCAGCUCUGGACUUCUGAUUAUGGCUUUCGUGCGCUGGACCUAUAUGUACUAUAUUGCUCGAACUGUAAUGAUGUUCUCACAAAUACCUACACCAACCAUCAGAUCAGUGAUAUCUAAACAAAUUCAAGGAUCAUCAUAUGGCAAAGUGUUCGUCUUACUUCAGCUGGCAAUAGAAAUUGUAGCAGUGAGCACUUCAGCUGGAUUCAACAAACUUUAUCAAGCUACACUACAUUGGUACAGUGGGUUCUGUUUCAUUGUAUUUGGCACCCUGGGAUUUCUCUGCAUUAUUCCGAUUGGAAUUGCAGCCUGCAAUAGGUGUUCAAACAUGGAUCAAAGGGACCUCAGAAGCACAGCCAAUCCAAGUCAAAUUCCUGAAGAAAGCUGA